GAUCGGUGUUUGUGGCGUACGGAUGCACCUUGUUCAGGGGGUAAUUUCCUAAAAGAAAUCUGCGGAAAGCGAAAGCGUAACGGCGUUAAGGCUAACGGUGACGCUUUCGCCCCGCUUCCGAGAACUGUGAGGGGUAUUUUGGUAAUUUAAACUCCCAGUGGCAUAUCGCUCUGUUUUUAUUCUGCAACCUCUCGUGAUCUUUUUCCCUCUCUCUCUCUCUCUCUCUCUCUCUCUUCCUCUUUCUCGUACUCGUAUUUUUUUUGUUCUCUGUUUUGGAGAAGAUUUUAGGGUUUUAAAAGCCUUUAAAGCCAUUAAAACCCUAUCGCGAUCAAUCUCCAUUGCGAUCUUCGGGAUCUUACCCAACGUAUUUGGUGGAUUCGAUUCGCGGGGAUUUGAUCGUGUGGUGUUACUCGCGGCGUGGAUUCCUCCGAUUCGGUCGCGAUUUCGGUCGCUUUCGAGGGUUUUCUCCGCUUCGCAGCUCCGCGAUUUGAGCUCGGAUACGUCGGCAUUGGUGGAUUCGUGAAGCUGUUAUUUGACUCUUCGAUUUUUCUCCGAGAAUAGUGUGAUUUGUUUAGAGAAGAUUCGGGGCUUUACUGCAAAAAGUUUGCUUUGAUCGAAUCUCGGCUCCUUUUUAGGGUUUUCGUCGAGGUUGAUGCAGGUACUACAUCAGAAACAGCUCGCGUUUUUAGCCUUGUUUCUCGUUCCGAAGAUCUCACAUCGAUGCUGCAGAGAUUUGAGUUCGAUUCCUCAAAUUUUGAAUUCUUUUUUGUAAUUAGAGUUGGAUUAUAGCUGUAAAGUGAAUUUGGUGAAGAAAUUUUGGAGUUUAUGGAGUUCAUUAUUCGAUUCAUGCUCUUAAUUUGGCUCAUUGGAGUUUUGUCACCGUACCUAUGUAAAGCACAAUCCCCUGCGACAUCUUUAGAUGCCCUUCUUCAAGAUUACGCCUUUAGAUCAUUCCACCACCCUCAUACUGGAAUCAUCUACGACGGUACGGUCCCAAACAAUCUCACCGGCAUCAAGAUCGCGGCGUCGAGGCUAAGAAACGGUAGUUUGAAGAAGAGGGGAUUUGCAAACUAUAAAGAGUUCACAAUUCCGACCGGCAUUGUGGUCCGCCCGUACGUCCGAAGGCUCGUUCUUGUUUACCAAAAUCUCGGCAACUGGUCCUCCUUUUACUACCCACUCCCUGGGUAUACCUACUUGGCUCCGGUGCUCGGCCUUCUUGCUUAUGAUGCGGCGAAUCUGUCGGCCACCCACUUACCCGAAUUGGAUAUCGUGGCUUCAAAUUCGCCAAUUUUGAUUGAAUUCACAGAUGUAAGUCCUGUUCCCAAUGGAGUUGUCGCGAAAUGUGUGUGGUUCAAUAUAAAUGGCACAGCAAAGAUAGGGGAGUUGGAGGCGCCCGCCACCUGUUCGACAAAUAGCCAGGGCCACUUUUCUGUUGUGAUCAACUCUUCAGCAAUCCCCCCUCCACCCGCACCCGCACCCGCAUCCGCACCCGCACCCGCACCAGGUCCUACACCUGUCCAUAAGAGCCAUUCGAAGGUGUGGAAGAUUGUCGGAGGGGUAGUCGGAGGGUUUCUUGGUUUGAUUCUCUUGGCUUUGCUUGUGGUGUGGAUUCAUCGGUAUCUACAGGAAAAGAGAACGGCGAAAAUGAUACACCAGUCUGAGACCGGAAUACCGUUGCAAAUGGUGCAAGUGGGCAAUUUUCGGAUGCCACAGGUCCCGUUAAUGCGGACCCAACCGCAGCUCGAGGAUGAAUACAUUUUCUGAAUCGCUGCCAUAGUAUUAGCGUUACUCCUAAAGCAAGGAACAAGCACACGAUCGCCUGUUCAAGUGUUUCAUAUGUACAGAACCAUGGAUUGCCAUUGCUCUGUUCCUUCUUUUUUUCUCCCAGUUGUAAAUUUGGGAAGGAUUCUCCCUGCGGUGGAUUAGAUAUUCUCGACUUAGGGUUACUUAGGAUCAAAUCAUGCAUUCUUUGAAGGGAGCUUUUCUCGGCAUCGGCGUUUGUUCCGGUCCCUGGCUAUCAUUCAUGGUCGUAUUUCUACCUGGUGAGAAGUAUCCUACGUUUAUGUAAAGUGAAGGAAUUUCUCGCUGUUUGACCUGGAGCUGUCUCCGAUUAUUUUUUGGUUGCUGUAUUCAAAAUUAAGCCUGCUAAUAAAAGCCGAGGUAUUAUUCAUUUCAUGCAAUUCUGUGCCUUUCUGUUGAUCUGCUGCUCUGGUUUAGUUCAUAUUUUGCUUUCGA